UGUCCUCAGACACUGAGGAGACUGUGAACUCUGCGACUGUACGAGGACCACUGUGCGUUUGAUCGCUGCAUUUUAAACUGUCAAUAUGGUUGAUGCAUUUUGUGCAACUUGGAAACUGGUUGACAGCCAGAACUUUGAUGAAUACAUGAAAUCACUGGGUGUUGGUUUUGCCACCAGGCAAGUAGGCAAUGUUACCAAACCCACAAUUGUCAUCAGUCAUGAGGAUGACAAAGUUGUGAUAAAGACGCUGAGCACCUUCAAAAACACUGAGAUUUCUUUCAAACUAGGAGAGGAGUUUGACGAAACCACAGCAGAUGACAGACAUGUAAAGUCCACUGUAACCUUGGAAGGAGACAAUCUUGUCCACGUUCAGAGGUGGGACGGCAAGGAGACUAAGUUUGUUAGAGAAAUCAAGGACAGUAAAAUGAUUAUGACCUUGACCUUUGAGGGUGUGCAAGCUGUCCGCACAUAUGAAAAGGCAUAAUGUCAAACGAAUUAACGCUUCAGUAUUACCCUGGCAACUUGACAAUAUUACAAGGGAAUUUUUACAUUGUAUUCUCAACUGAGUUUUCCCCUUUUUAAGACGCGAGACAUUUUUUGUAAGACCUUUUAUAUAAAAUGCACAUUGUGAAGUUUUUGUGAACAUUGCAGAAUGUCUUUAAUGUAAGUGGAUUGUAUAAUUGAGGCCUGCCUUUGUGUCAAAUUGAAUGAAAUACACACAUUUGAUCAAAAA